AUGGCUCUCCCAGGCGAGGUCGGUUUGCGCGUACUGCUUUGCCCUUUUGGUUCCAACGUGCUUGUCCGGACUGCCUGCUGCUCUGUGGGGAUUGCUUUACCCGUUUACUCAACGUUUAAAGCUAUUGAGAAUAAGGAUCAAGCAGAGCAACAAAGGUGGCUCCUUUAUUGGGCAGCUUAUGGAUCUUUCAGUAUUGCAGAAGUAUUUUCAGACAAGAUUCUGUCCUGGUUUCCGCUCUACUACCAUGUGAAGUUUGCAUUUCUUGUUUGGUUACAACUUCCAUCCUCAAAUGGGGCAAAGCAUCUGUAUACAAGCCUUCUGCGUCCGUUCUUUCUGAGGCAUCAAGCCCGACUUGAUCAAGCUGUGGAUUUUAUAUAUGGUCAAAUGAGUAAAUUCAUCAGUUCACACCAAGGAGAUUUACAGUUUGCGAGGGUGCUUUUCAUGAAGGUUUUGGCAGCAGCAAGUGGGGUGGUUAAGGGUGUUGUGCCCCCCGGGAUAAGGCAAGCAAGUCCUGCGAUUGAAGACCCUGCGAAACAAACUCAGGACUCUGAAUCAGAAAAAGAUGAGUAG